AUGACGUCUGGCAAUCCAAGUGUGCAAGUCCUGCAAUUCUUCGUCAAAAACCUCGACGGCGCGACCCGUGUGCUGCGUAUGGACCCCAAAAUCUGCAUCACUGACGUCAUCAGAACAGCGCUGCACGACGAGCCCCGCUCGGUGGUCUGCCAGGUGCAGGUCAAGUAUAAAAACAGGCUUGUGCCGUUGGAACGAACUCUGGAGCAAAGUGGUGUCCAAAAUCUGGACACUCUGCAUUUGACCGGAUGCCUCCGGAACUGGAGAAGCAAAGGCUGGCAGCGAGCUUUCGAGCUGUUCCGACGAGUCCGUGACUGCUGCAAAGAUGCGCUCGCGGGGGGCAAAGCUGAAAUGUCCGAGCUGCCAAAGUGGCUCAAAGACUUUCUUGAAACUGUGAACAAGGAAUGCAUUGCAAGCGAGCAGCAACUCUUGGGGCAGAUCAUGCUCGAGGAAGGGGGGGUAGCCCAGCUGGCGGGGUGCGUUUUGGGACACACUGUGAAGCAUCCAGAGGCGAGUGUGAUCGCCGUACAGCAGUGCAUCAUCCACAUUCUGCAAAGCUGCGCCUCCGGCCUGCGGUCCACAGUCUUCCACGUGGCAGGACCUCUCUUCUGGUCACUCCAGGAGCCGCCCCUGCUAAGCCACGGGCAUUCGGAUGCUGUCGGACGCUUUUGGAAGGAUUUGGCCGCCCCUGGUGUCCGAAUCAAUUUGUCCGAAAACGCAUCCCUCCUGACGGCCGCUCUGCGCCGCGUGCUUUCCCACGGUCAGCAUUCGGACGCCAGCAACAGGAUCGCCGUCCAAUUGUUUUGCACCCUCAUUCGGACCGUCCGAAACCAGCUGUCCCUCGAGUCUCCGACGCCGGAGCAGCCCCCGGCCCCCAAGAAAAAGGGCUGGUUUGUUUUCAGGAAGUUGACUUGGAAAAGGGAACCACCCCAGGCAACAGCCCCAGUGGUGACAAAGAGCAACGGACUGGGGCCGUAUCCCGCGGCUGACGCUUUGCGUGCUUGCUGCGCGUUCUUACAAUCUCUUGGACCCAAAAUUGGCAAGGACAUUUUGGAAGAAGCUGUCGCUGAGAUACGGCCCUUCGUCAGCCCGGGGCGCCCGUUGGCGGAGCACAUUUACACACAGCAGCAGUGGGUGCGGUUCUGCGUGGCGAGAACGGACGACACUCCGUUCCACGUGGCAGUCGCGCGGGGCCCCGGACUGCUUUCGGACGCUCUGGAGCAGUUGGCGGACGUCCCAAAGGAGCGGCUGGCCGGCGGGCUGACGGUGCAUUUUGAAGAGGAGGACGGGGCGGGCCCGGGGCUUCUGCGCGAGUUCUUCACUUUGGUCAGCCGCGCCCUCUUCGACCCCGCGGCCGCGCUCUUCGCGCCCUCCCCGCGCGACCGCCGCCGCUUCCACAUAAACCCCGCGUCCGACAUCAACCCCGGACACCUCGCGCACUUCGCGCUCUGCGGACGCCUCCUCGGACUGGCCAUGGCCAACGGCACGCCGCUGGGCGUCCGCUUUUCAUCGAUCCUAUGCGCUGUGCUCCUGGGCCCGUUGGAGGAUGCGGACGCUCGGACGCUGCUAAGAAGCGUCCAGGACGCGGACCCCGAACUGUACGCGAGCUGCUCGCGGCUGCUGGAGAUGGACGAUGCGGAGCUGGCGGCCGCGAGCCUCCCCUUCGUGUGCACCGUCGAGCGGCGGCUGGGUGCGCCCGAGGAGGUUCCGCUGUGCGAAGGCGGCCGCGACGUCGUAGUUACGGCCGCUAACCGGGAGGGGUUUGUGGCGCGCAAGGUCGUAACCCAGCUGGUAACCCCGGUGGAGAAGCAGGCGGCCGCGCUGGCGGGGGGCCUUGGAGACGUGCUGAGAGAGGGAGUGACGCUGCGGGAGUUUCUGCUGCCGUUGAACGGGGGGAAUUUUGGGUGGCCGCUCGAUGGGGACCUGGAGGACCUGUCCAUCGCCGACUGGCAGAAGCACACCGAGUACCACGACUUAUUGCCCACGUGUCGCCACGUCACGUGGUUCUGGCAGUGCGUCGAGGGCUUUACUCCGCCACAGCGCCGGCGUCUUCUCUUCUUCGCCACUUCCGUGGAGUUUCUGCCGCCGGCGGGAUUCGCGGCGCUGCCGUCUAAGUUUCACAUUUGGAAAGGCGGCACGCAAGACGGGCUGCCGACAGCCCAUACGUGCUUCUAUCAGCUGGUUCUUCCCGAGUAUAAGUCCUUAUACGCUAUGCGCAAACAGCUGGAGAUUAUUGUGCAGUCGGACGUGUGGGAGGGCUUUGGAAUGAGUGACGUUGCCCUGGAGCUUUUGGCCGCAAAUAAGAAGCGCGUUCUCUACGCCACCAAGCUGCUGAUCGAGGCGCCGCUCGUGGGGCUGUGCGCGCUCAACGUGUGGGCGCACUGGGGCGACAGCGCGCGCGCGAGCGGGGAGCCGGCCGCGGGUUACGCGCUCGCGCUGGCCUUGGCAGGGGCAUACACGCUGCUGACUCCCUGCGCGCAGGACCUGGUGUCUCUCAAGAAGGCGGCGCAAGAUUACACCUUGCUGCGCAGGAUCCUGCUAUCCGAGGAGGAGGAGCUGCCCCUCGACUGGGACACCGACGAUGAGGAGUCACUCGAACUACACCACGAGCUUGCGACCGUCUCUGCGGUGGGGGGGGUCUGUGCUGAGGGUCUCCUCGUCUUGCUGUGGGCUGCGUGCAACUGCGUCUUCCCCCCCAAGUGCGAAUACGACGUCUGGGCGCGGCAUCUGUGGCUUUUCGGGGAGCCUGUCGAAGUUGUCCGGGGAGUCGUUUUCCACAUGUGCACGUGCCUGGCGUUAGAGGCACGGAAGUGGGCGGUGAACACGUGGCGCGAGCGCUGA